AUCACGUGAUGUUAAACAACAAACAUGGCGGCAGUAUCGUUGCAUCAAAAAAUGUGAAUUAAAAAAAAAGUUUGCUGUGUAUCCGCGACAAAUCGGUCGUCCAACGAGUGAAAUUGGAUAUACAAGCUAUUACCUGAGGAUUUAAAUACAAAAUUAUUGUAUCACAGCAACAAGAUGCACAUAUUAUACAAAUCAAGAGAUGACGUAUUAAACUUUCUGUGACAUUUAAUUUUCAAAUAAAAAUAUGAAUCAACUUCAUCACAGUAGAUGAACUUGUAAACUUUCAAGACAAAAAAGCUACAAAUGGCUGACCAAGAAACAGAUGAACCAGUAGCAGAGGAGGAUGCUGAAGACAGUGUAAACUUUGCGACACCCAGUGUCUUAAAAGACAACGCCACAUCCACCCUAGACUCGACACCAUCUAGACGAUCCUCAAGAAAGAAGCAGAGCACUUUUAGCAGCGACUUUGAGUAUUAUACCCCAAUUGGUAGGAAAAAUCAACCCAAGGAAGAAGAAAAGAAACCCACACCAUCAUCUCAGAAAGGGAAGGCAGGAAAAAAUGAAAAGGAUGAAGAGGAAUUUGAUGAAGAGGAUGUUGAAGAAGAAGAAGAGACCAAAAAACCAAUGAAACGAAAAGUUGCGGUGAGAAAGAAAGGAACAAAUAAUGAAGAUGAUGAAUCGGAAGAUGAAAUAGAGGAAGUGGUUGUGAAAAGACCAAGGGGUAGACCCAAAGCCAGUGCCACAAAGCAAUCUGCCAAAGCAAAAUUACAGAAAGGGCCCAAGAAAAAUGCCAGUAAGCAAGAAGCCAGUGAUGAAGAAGAAGAUGAUUCAUCACUUAGUGUUUUAAAAGGACCCAAGAGAAAAAAACCUGGUCCUAAACCUAAAAUAGCCAAAGCUGAGGAAGCUGACCUGGAAGAAGCUGUGGAGAUUAGUUCAGAUGAUGAGGACUCAACACCAAUAUCCCAGCUGAAAGCUCAGAUACAGAAACAGAAGCCAGCUGAGGAAUCUGAGAGUAGCUCACAAUCUCCUUUAGCUCAGAACCUGGCAAAUAAACUUGCCGCUGCCGGCUCUGAUACUGGCUCAGACAAGUCCCCGAUUGUGGGGCAAAAAAGAAAGCUGGAAGAAAAUGCUGAGAGUCUUGAUGAUGAUGUACCAUUAAAAAAACUGCAGACAUCAAAAUCUAUUCAGAUAGAAAAACUGGCCCCAGUCCUAGCUGGGCUGGUGAAGAGGUUUCCACCAAUAGAAUUGGGCUUGGUGAAACGCACCCCAUCUGAGAUAGCAGCAAAGACAGCACAGCCCAAGACUGUUGCUGAAGAUCAUGCAGCUCCACUGGACAAAACUGUUAAAUCAGAGGGUGAUAGUUCUAAUGAUGUCAAAACAGAAGACGAAGAGACGGCUGAUAAAAUGGUCAAAACAGGAAGUGUUGAAGCUAAUCUUGGCGCUGAUAAUACAAACAUUAAAGCUGAGGAUAAUGGAAAGAAUGUUUCUAAGGUUAAAACUGAGGACAGUAACAAAGUUAAAGACAUUAAAAUGGCCAGUGCUAAAACAGAUGCCGUUAAAGUCAUCAAAAAGACAGUUAGUCCUAAUGAGAAACCAAAGCUGGUGAAAAAAGAAAUUAAAGGCGAGGCUAAAACCACCUCAUUGGUUAAGUCUUCACCAGCGAAGGUGGUGAAAAAAGUUUCUGGUUCUUCCGUUGUUAAAACUGGCACAGAAAAUGAGAAGGGUAAGCUGAUGAAAACAGAAGACGGGAAGGUCAAGCUACUGAAGUCUGGUGUAGCUAAGGGUGAGCUGAAAGCCAAAUCUGAAGUGUCCAAGAAACUCACACCUGGGCAGAAGGGAGGUGUGGCUGUUGAUAAGUCUAAAGACCCAUCCAGAAAGAUCAUCGUAAAGCCUGGAGAUAAAGGAUAUAAGAAAAUAGAGCUGAUCAAGACUAAACCUGAUGGGACUAUUGUUAAAAAAACAGUCAUGAUUAAGAAAGGUUUGGAGGGCAUGAAAAAAACGAACAAGUCUGAGCAAGGCUCUGGUGUUGAUGAUUUGUUAAAACGAGGGAUCAUACACAAGAAGAAAAGCCAUCAGCCUUUUGGGAAUAAAAAAGUUAUUCCUAAACAGAUUAAUAAAGAGGUUAAAUCUGAAGGGGUUAAAGAUUCUCCAGACAAAUCUGAAGUCAUGAAAAAAAAGCAGCAGGCCAUGGAAAAAGGAGAGAAGAAAAAGGUCGAGGUUGACAGAAGGAAGUCGACAGAUGGGUCAAAGCUGGUGCGGGAGAGAAGUUUCUCAGGCGAGGCAGGUAAACAAGAGAGGAGGAAAUCAAGCGAGGCAAUGAAAAAAAACAGCAGCUCGUCGGGACAGAAGUCAAGAAAAAGUUUAGAUGAAGAGAAGCCAGCUGACCCUGACGGUCCACCUCCAUUGCUAUCUGCUGCCUCCAUGGCCAAAGCUAAGCCGAAGCAUCACAAGCCAGAGCAUGAGGUCCCAGUGGACAUGACCAUGAUGGACCUGUUCAAGCCAGACGGGCUCAUCGUACAUGACCAGCAUAAAAAGGAGGAGUCGCCCACAGAUGCCAAGUCAGCAGCUCAGGACACUACAACUGCUCAGAAAUCUCAGUACUCUCAAGACUCUUGUUCCAGCGAUUCCUUCCUCAAGCCUGAGAACAUCCACCACGUUUUGAUAGAGCACCAGUACUCUAAGCCUACAUCCCCAACUAGUGUUCGACCAGAUGACAAAGGAAUGAACGCUGCUGGUGACAAUGGCAGAGAUGAUGACAUUGAAAGUGUCUCUCACAAACAAGGCGUCAUUAUGGACGUGAACCUGCCUGACCAGAUACUGCAGGAGUCUGAGGAGCAGAUUGUGCAUGAAGCUGUGGAUGACUUACAAGACACCUGGCCUGAGAAUGCAGAAGAGAUUCAGAGUAUGUUAGCUAAACGAGAUGCAGGCAAUAGACUGUCAAUUUUAGAGAGCUUGGACUCAGAGCUGCGGGAAAGUGGGACAGAGUUUGUGAUAGUUGGGCAGGUUGAGGUUGGGAGGUUGCCUGCUGUUUCAACUGACGAGGCCAAACAGACUAGCAGCAAGCCUUCUAGUUCCCUCACACCUGCGUCAAAGUCCUCUCAAAAGGAAGAUACACCUGUCAAGAAGAAGGAGAGUGAGAAAGGUUCAGAGGUCAGGAAAUCUAGCACUGACUCUAAAAAGUCAUCAAGUUCAGAUGUGAAAAAGUCAUUAACAACGGAGUCUAAAAAGUCAUCAAGCUCAGAGUCUAAAAAGUCAGAGGUGAAGAGGUCUUCCAGCACAGAUACUAAGAAGUCUAGUGGUGAUAAAGGCAGUACAAAAGUGAAAACAAAGAAAAAGUCCAAUGCAGAGGGAAGUUCAAAGGAAACUGCUGAAGAGGAUGAUGACAGCGAUGAAGAGGACCAUGGGUUUGAGGAUGAUGAGAAUGACCAGGACUGGGAACCCAAUGACCCUGACACUUUGUACUGCAUCUGUAAAAAACCCCACAAUAACAGCCUUGGUUUUGUACCUGCGUGCAGGUUCAUGAUCUGCUGUGACAAGUGUGAGGAGUGGUACCACGGCACUUGUGUGGGGGUCACCAGGGCAAGAGGCAAGGAAAUGGAGGAGAAAGAGGAGGAGUACAUCUGCCCUCUCUGUACAAAGGGUGAAGGUGGAUCAAAGAUUGAGAAGGCAGGAGUAACUAAAGAAUCUAAAAAUGCUGAAUCACCAUCAACCACAAAGAGCAGCUUGCAGCAGAAGUGCAUUGGUCGCAAGUGUUUGAAAACUCCACGCACUGGCUCCAUCUACUGCAGUAAUGAGUGCAUCAUGAGCCAUGCACAGGAAUCUCUGAAAGCUAUUCGCGAGGAACAAAUGAGGCUUAAGAUGAAGGAAAAGCAAAAGUCAUCCAGUGAUGCAAGCAAAAGCUCCUCCAGCAAACCGUAUUCAUCCUCUGAUACAGUGGAGGUGGUGGAGAGGGAGACAGGCAAGGUCUACAAGGGCUCCAACGCUCCUACACAGAAAAGUUUGCACAGAUGGCUUGAGCAGCACCCCACAUUUGAAGUUGUUCAACCACGCAAGCACAGAAGUUCCUCAAUUAGGGAUGAGAAACACAAAGACCGAAACAGCAGGUCUGAGCGAGACAGCAAAUCAGAGCGGGACAGCAAAUCGGAGCGGGACAGCAGAUCUGAGCGGGACAGCAGAUCUGAUCGGGACCGGAAGUCUUCAACUGACAGAGAUAAGAAGUCACACAGGGACGAGAAGUCCAACCACAAGUCACGGCAUGAGUCCAGGGACUCUGUGAAAAAAAUUGAUAGUGAUCGCAGGAGCAGUUCAGCCUCCCAGAGCUCUUCUAAAUCUGAUGAGAAGAGAGGUGAAGAUGGGCCCAACCAGAUCAGAAUCAAUGUCAGAACGGCUUUACGGGACUGUCUUAGUACUAGAGCACAAGAGGCUGACGAUAUCAUGAUGUCAAGCAGUGAAAUCAAAAGUUUGGCACUCACCAUUGAGGAGGAGCUGUACUACAUGUUUAAUGAUACGGGGCACAAGUACCGCAUGAAAUACAGAAGUCUUGUCUUCAACAUUAAAGACCAAAAAAAUAAGGGUUUGUUUAGGAAAAUUUUGACUGGUAAAAUUAAGCCAAGCAAGCUGGUUCAGAUGAGUACAGAGGAGCUGGCCUCUAGGGAACUGGCCAAAUGGAGGGAACAAGAGAGUAAACAUCAACUUGAGAUGAUACAAAAGACAGAAAUAGAAGCCAUGAAGGACAGUGCUGGCACCAAACAUGUGAGGAAGAAGACACACAAGGGGGAAGUGGAGGUGGAGGAUGAAGAUCUGAGCAUCCUGGAGACUCGCCUGGAAGAAAAGAAAGACCCAGAGCCCGAGGCACCAGAAGAACAGAACCAGACCCCAGUGAUUGACACCACAGACCAGCACAGAGCCCACCUGUUUGACCUGAACUGUAAAGUCUGUACAGGCAAGAUUGUACCUGGACCAGAGGAACAGGCAGCUGCUGCUGCUGCAGCUAAAGUGAAGAUUGCCCAGACACUGACCCAUGAGGAAGACAACUCACAGAAGGAGACUGAGGAUUAUGACAAAGCAGAGGAGAUUGUGAAGGAGGCUUUGAGGACCAUACAGAAAACAGAACAAGAGGUUGCCUCCCUUCCAAAGAUGGUCUCCUCAUCCCCCAAACAAGACCAGAACCCACUUCCUCUCAGCCCAAAAAUCUCAAAGUCUCGCAGGGAAUCCACAUCCUCUGCAUCAUCUGCUGCCUCCUCUGUCUCUAAGAAAGUGGUGGUUAGGUCCCCUGACUCAGCUCUUCAGUCUGGGCUAGAGACCAAGUCAAAGUUCACCCCCACAGGACCCAUGCUGUGGAAGGGCUUUGUGUCCAUGCAAGAUGUGGCCAAGUUUUUCACUUCAGCCUAUAGGGUGUCUGGACCCACCGAACACAUUCAGACAAUUCCAGACACCAUCCACAUCAUGGGCAGAAUUUCACCUGAUCACAUGUGGGAUUACCUGUCCAAGAUCCGUCAAGCUGGGUCAAAGGAUUUGACUGUGGUCCGAUUCAUCCCUGGCAGUGAUGAUGAGAAAGUGGCCUAUGUCCACCUGUACUCGUAUCUCAAUAGUCGCAGUCGCUGUGGUGUAGCUGGUAACCCCAACAAACAGAUCAAAGACUUCUAUGUUGUCCCGUUGGCUUCACACAGUAAAAUUCCCAGAACACUUCUUCCAUUUGAUGGACCAGGCUUGGAAGAAAACCGUCCUCACAUGCUGAUAGGCAUCCUGGUGAGACAGCGAGGCAAGCACAGCACCACGGACAACGGGGACAGCAGCAGCAGCUCCAGCAGUAAGGCAGCCACACCCGUCAACUCCACCAGCUCACCAGCACCCAGCAGCAAACAACGCCCAGCUGCUGCCGUCAGCAGAGAUCCGCGCCUGGCUAAACUGGCUGCUGCUAUGGAACCUAGUCCCAAGGCUAGCCCCUCUGGUAGUGCAGACAGCAUGUCUAGUUCUGGAGAAGCCAAAUCUAAGACACCAACCGAAGAAUAUGAUCCAGAAUACAUUCCAAUGCCUGUUAAGACAAAAAGUGCUACUAAGCCAGUGGCUGAGUAUGUGCCAACACCAACAGUGAAGAAAAAAGAUAAACAUGAGAGGAAGAAAGAGGAUAAGACACCCCCUUCUGAUGAUUCUGCUCCUAGUAAAGAUGGCAAAGAAAAACACCACCACCAUCACCAUCAUCGCCACCAUCAUCAUCAUCACAAAGAGCACCAUCACUCAGAAAAGCAGCCAUCUAAGAAGGCUGACGUAAGACCAGUUGAAGAUGACUCUGAGCCGUACUCACCUGGUAAGGAAGCCGAGCCAUACUCACCUGGCCAAGAAGCCGCAGCAGAUGAGCCGUACGACCCAGAGGAUGAGAGUGUGAUUGAUGAUAGCGGUGUACCAAUAUUCUCUGGCAGCACCACCACCACCACCACCCCAAGCAGUACCUCCACAGCUGUUGCAGCUUCAGUGACACCAGCUGCCCCUGCUCCUGCAGCUGUACCUGAUCCUCAACCGGCAGCAGUCAAAGGCAAUGCAAGUCACAUAUCAGAGUUGGUAGAAAAAAUGGCCAGGAGCAAUGAUCCUCAAGAAAUCUCUUCCCUUAUGAUAACUGCCCUGUCCACAGCCAGCACCCCACAAGAGCAGCAGAAGCUCCUGGUUGACCUGACCAAGCAAGUGGAAGAAAGGAAGCUCCAGCUGGCUGAGGCUGCCAGGAAGGCCAACUUGCUGGGGUCUGGUGCCAGAAAGGAGAAGUCUUCUGACUCAGGGGAGAGGCGGGUGGGAAAAGAUUUGCCAAGCAGUAUUACAUCUUCAAGUCAAGCCCCAGCACAAUUUUUUGCCGGCACAGCUGUGGAUGGCCAAGACACUUCCCAGUCAACGACAUCAAGUCAUUUCAGUCAAGAAUCUGUGGCAGUUCAUGAAGUUUCAUCCUCAUCCACCACCAGCACAUUUUCGUCCAGUGUUAUAACCUCUGACCCAGCACAAACUGACUCUCUGGUCACGUCCUCACAAAACUUGUCUCAGCCAACACUGCCAAAACUAUCACCCACAGAGCCGCCAGCUCCUGAGACCAAAGACUCUGGUGGGAUCAGGUUCUCAUUUCUUAAAACUCUGUCCAAAACCACCCAGCCGCUGAGUACCCCUGCAGCCACAGUGUUUUCUGUUGAAGGCGCUGAGAACAAACUUAAGCUUCCAGUCCUGACUGAGGACACCUCAUCCCAACACUCAUUUGCAUCGGAUAACUCAGAGUUGGAAUCCGCUGAGUCUGCGGCUUCUGGAAUCCCAGAUGCCUUGAAGGCAUUGAUGAAUGAUGUUAUGGGAAACACGCAGUUCUCAUCUUUGGAGCGAAGGCGGAAAAUUUUAUUGAAGAAAGAGGCAGAGAAAUUAGAAAAAUUUGCCAAGGAAGAUAUUGAGAAAAAAAUGGCAGCUGAGCAAGGAGUUGUAAAAAGAGAUGACGAUGAAUUGGAUGCCAGGAAUGUUUUAGAUAGCUUGAAGAAGACUGAGACGGGUAGCAGUAUUACAGGCAGUGAGAGCAAUCCUUCAGCAGAGAAACCACAAGCUCCUCCAACUAUUGAUGAACUUUUAGAGAAACUUAAGAAAGGUGGGCUCUUCCCCUUGCAGAAGCCAGACACCACGGCGGUUCUGUCUUCUGAAGCUGGUGGCACAUCUCUGUCAGCUGGUGGCUUUCAGACAGAUCCCCUCUCUGUUUCUUCUGCCGCCCCAUUUGAAAGUUCAAUGGAUGUUGACCUGCGGAACAUCACUGCAACCCAGUCCUCCUCACUACUCUCAUCUACAAUGUCAGCAUCAGUGAUGGCCUCUACUCUAGAAUCUGUCGAGAAAACGACUGGCAACCCAGAAGGAAAAGCCAGUUUUGAGGACUAUGAUGCCAGGCUAGCAUCAGGUCCACAAGAUUGGGAUGACCGGUCAUAUUUUCAAGACAGGGAUGACAGAUUGUACAGAGCCCCACACCAAGCGCCAAAGCACCCUCUUGAUCCACACGCAUUUCCUCCUCUACCAGGUGACCCCCGGGGCUACCCACGACCACACCCCAAUCUUCCCCCACCCCCUCACGGUCCUCUUCAUCCUCGAUUCCCCCUCCCCCCACUUGAACCGCACAUCCCCUACCAUCCAACUCCAAGGACUGCCCUCUCCCGACCUCCACCCCCUAAAGGCAGGGCACAACCUCCCCCACCAGGAACUGAGUUUGAAAAACCAGCCGAAGUCCUUGGAAUCACUGACUUCCCCCCAGCAGACAUAGACUUCAGAAACAGACAACCUCUCCCGCCUGACCAGCCACCUCCUCCACUCCCCCCACAACCUCCACCCCCCUUGCCUCCUCUACCUGCAAACAGAGGUGUUCUCCCACCUGGGCCCCAAUACCCCCACCCAGGAGACAUAGACUUUCGAGGUGGGGACCACUACGGGCCCCCCCACCACAAGGACUACCGCAGCCACCGCGGCUACCAUGGGCGAGGCCGGCCUUACCACAGGCAUUAGCUGAGUGUGAGACUAGAAGACAUUUUUAAUCAACAUUUUCUGUGUUCAUGUACAUUAGGUGCAGUUCCUCAUGGUGUUCUUGCUCUCAUCUAUGUGAAGAAUACCACUGGCCAUUUUUUAAAGAUGAUGUUGUAUCACAUAAGUGGUGCUAGCUUGAUUCAAAUUCUUUUAAUAACAAAACUGUUAUUUUACCACAUCAUUUAAGUUAUGUCCAACAAACAUAUGACUUCUGUGGUGGCAUUAUUUGUUUUGAACAUUUUUUUAUCAAAACAGUUUUUAGUGGAACAAAACUCUUUAAAACUGGCUCGUCUGUUUUUAGUCUUGAUUUUUUUUUUUACUUAAAUACUGACAGCAGCAUGAUGGUGUAAAAAUCAGAAUUUUUAUUUUACACAUAUUUUUAUAUGUAUGGAUGUCUGAUGUUUUGGUUGGAAUAUAUCAGGGUCUGUUUAUAUAUUUUUAAAAUGUUUUUCUAAUUCAUGUUGAUGUUAAUUUAGCCAAGUUGUUUGAUAGGUGCACAAAUUAAUAUCAUGUGACUCUAAAUUCAUAUGCUUGUUUUUAUAAAUCAUAACCAUGCAGACUGGCUUUGUUUUGUUGUAAAAAAUAAUCAUUGAUGAGAGAAUUUGUACCCAUGGCAACAGUCAUGCCAGACAAGUACUGUUUGAAAAUUGCAAUACAUGAUUAUAACAAUAAAUGUCAAUGAU